UAAAGUGCAAAUGAGGAGUUGUGUUAAGAUUGAUAUACUGUGAAAAAGUUGUCGAAGAUACGGGCGAUUAGUUGACGGGUUUUAAUAUCUAUAUACAGAGUUAAAUCCAUGCAGCUGUUGAACUGAUUGUUUUUAAAAUAAUCUCGUUACUUAAAAGCAUCAAUAAAGUAACUUAUUAAGUUCUGAAAGACCGCGACUACGGUGGCCAGCGGUGGUGCAAAAAUUACAAUUUUGGUGUACCAAAAAAGCGAAUUGAGUAGCCGAGAGAAGGCAGCAGCACGGGUGAAAACAGGCGGACCAAUCGAGCGGCCAACAGCAAAAGAGAAAAUUAUUUCAUUAGGGACAGUUCAAUUUAUGGUUAAAUGUUUCACGAGUGUAAACACAAAUCUGAAAUUAACUAAAAAACAGUGGAAUAAUAUGUGCUGCAUAAAUUAAAAAAUUGACGUAUAACAAGCUGAACAAGAGGAACUCUAUAAAAGGAGCAAGGAGGAGAGAGGUUCACAGUAAACUGAAAGAACAGUAAAAAAAAGGCAAUCGGCGCAGACAGACAAUUUGUGAAACGGAAUACCAUAAGUGACAAAAAUACCACCGUUUUGGUACACAGUUCUAUAUAAUCGAACGAACGUUCUCUUACGCGGAUUGAAAACAAGAAACACGCUACAUACAUACAUAAACUCAAUAACUACAGCCGGCCAAGGAAGAUACAGAUAAGAGGUGUAUUUUAAAUAUUCCAAAGACACGGAAGAAAGAAAAUUGUACUCUUGGACGUGGAAAGCAAGUCAACUUGAAGUGGCAACAACCAUACUAUAACCGGUGAAUGUACUGCUAAUAUCACAUUGCUUGUAUGCAGGCGUACUUGAAGCGACGGCAGUCAGGCGAACAGAAAUCAACAGGACAAGCUGCAAAAAAUACUUCAAUCAAAAUAUAUAGAAACCUUUGAAACCAGUAACCAGUAGAGACCAGCAAGUCAAUCAGUUCAGUUUCGAACGUCUUUUUGACAAGCCUUAGGGACGCUACGAGUGGAAAAGAGCAAAACAUCUGAAGAAAGAGGCAAUCUCUCAAAAAAUAUAAAAUGAAUGAACUAGACAGUCUAAGACAAGAAGCCGAAUCUCUAAAGAAUGCUAUUCGAGAUGCACGAAAGGCUGCGUGCGAUACGUCUCUGUUGCAGGCAGCCACUUUGCUGGAACCAAUUGGACGUAUACAAAUGCGCACGCGACGUACGUUGCGCGGUCAUCUGGCCAAAAUCUAUGCCAUGCAUUGGGGCAAUGACUCCAGGAACCUCGUAUCAGCUUCACAAGAUGGUAAACUGAUCGUUUGGGACUCGCACACCACAAACAAAGUGCAUGCCAUACCGCUGCGCUCAUCGUGGGUGAUGACAUGUGCAUACGCUCCAUCGGGAAGCUACGUCGCCUGCGGUGGCCUCGACAACAUGUGUUCAAUCUAUAACUUAAAGACACGCGAAGGUAACGUGCGUGUGUCCCGUGAGCUGCCGGGCCAUGGUGGCUAUCUAUCAUGCUGCCGUUUCCUGGACGACAAUCAGAUUGUGACAAGCUCAGGUGAUAUGUCGUGCGGCCUUUGGGACAUCGAAACUGGCUUGCAGGUUACCUCGUUUCUUGGCCAUACUGGAGAUGUGAUGGCCCUAUCACUGGCACCGCAAUGCAAAACGUUUGUAUCGGGUGCAUGUGACGCGUCUGCCAAGUUGUGGGAUAUCCGAGAAGGUGUUUGCAAACAAACGUUCCCCGGGCAUGAAUCUGAUAUCAACGCAGUCACCUUUUUCCCGAAUGGACAAGCCUUCGCGACAGGGUCCGACGAUGCAACCUGCCGCCUCUUUGAUAUACGCGCUGAUCAGGAAUUGGCCAUGUAUUCGCAUGACAACAUAAUUUGUGGUAUCACCUCCGUAGCGUUCUCAAAAAGCGGCCGUCUGCUAUUAGCGGGGUAUGAUGAUUUCAACUGUAAUGUAUGGGACACAAUGAAAGCAGAACGCUCGGGCAUUCUUGCUGGCCACGAUAACAGAGUUUCAUGUUUGGGGGUCACCGAAAAUGGUAUGGCAGUAGCAACAGGAUCGUGGGACUCGUUCUUACGCGUGUGGAACUAAGUGUCGUGCACAAUGCGUAUUAAUGGGUGGGGUAGGGUCAACGUGGCGGUGGUUGCGCGCAGUCAGCGUUUAGCAGCAGCGACAAUAACAACAGAACAGCAGCAACAAAAGCGACAUCCCCUCAAACAUAGGUGUAGAUACAUGCAUAUAAAUAUACAUAUGUCGCACCAAUAUCAUUUUUGUGCUCUGAUGUCAGUGGUUCUUUGUUACUGUUCUGGGCUAAAACAGUGACAGAGGAGUAUGUUUCAAAAUGCUUGACGUGUAGUGCAAUAGCAACAGCGAAAAUGAGGAUGGAAAACGGCGUUGACUGCAACGUAGACCACAGCAAAAACAAGAACUUUAUAUACAAAUUAUUUAUAUUGCUAUAUACUUAUUAUACUUAUACAACAAACCAAAACACAGACAUACACAGCAACAUACAACUAGACAUACACACAUACAAGUAUAUUAUUAGUGUAAAUGAAAAAUUCGAAACAAAACCUAUGAUGAGCUGUCGCUGAUAGUCAGUUGUUUAGUCAGAAUUUCGGCAACAGCAACAGUUUAAAGUACGUAAAGUUAGUUCAAAUCGUAUAAAAGUCAUUUGGGCGGAGACUCUCGCUAUAUAGUAAUAAAAAAUAAAUAAAUUGAGUGCGCACACUAUGUUGAUUACUAUGAUAGCACGAUAGUUAUGGUAAUUAUACUGUAAUAUCCGUACAUAUGUAUGUGUUUGAACAACGGGUGACGCGUCAGUCUCAUUUGUCAAACAUCAAAAGUAAAAUCCUGACUUCACAUAUAUACAGAAAGUUCGUCAUAAUGAAGCAAAGUCAAAUAAAAUUAAAGCAUUUACAAAAAAACAAAAAACAAAAAAAAAAAUCUUAAAAGAAAAAAACAAGAAAAAACCAAAAAAAAAAAACAAAACAAAAACAAAAUUCACAGAUAGAAACUAAAAAGGCAAAGAUUAUAUUGCGUAAAUUACAAAAUUUAAUGUAAUGAUGAAAUGAAAAAAAAAAAAAAGAAAUCAGUAAACAAUACACUUUAUAAAACAUUUUUCUUAUAACGUUUAAGUCCUUAAUUUAUAUACAAACAAAAAUAAGAAUGAUUUAAAUAACAUACUUAUUAGUGAAAAAAAAACUAUUUACAUAUAUAAUUGACGGCCAUAUAAGCUACAACAAUAAAUGGAAAAAUUAACUUUAAAACCUAAAAAAAAUUUAUAAAUGUUUAACGAAAUCUUAACAUAUAGACUAACAGAAGUAACGAUCGUGAAAGUACAACUCACAUGCAUACCAAGUAGCAACAACGUGUAUGAGAAUAUUCAGACCUCGUGACCGGCACAUUAACUUUAUCAAUUGUUACAGAAUAAGUGUAUUCGAGAGUUCUUCAUACUUAGCUUUACCCCCAAAGUGGAAAGGGUUGCAAUUUUAUAUGUAGUUUGGUUAUUGUUUGAUCAUAAGACACGUAUGAGCUUCUAAAUUAUGUAUACCCAAAAAUUUCAACUGUAUUAUGUUCAUACAUACAUGCAAUACCCGCAAAGCCAACUAAAUGAGAAAAAAAAAAAAAACAAAGCCAUUCGUAUAUAAAACGCUCAACGAGGAUAGAUAAAUACGUCAAUAAAAGAGCACUUAAUUUUUAUACUUAUUAAAUUCUUUAAUUAUUAUUUUUUUUUUUAAAUAUAGCUGGGACGGAAAAGCUUGCACGCCGACACAUACACACAAUGCUACGCUUUUAUAAAUUUUAAGAACUGGUCCGCACAAGUAUUACCGAACAAAAAAACAUAUAAACAUAAUCCUUUGAAUAAUAAAUGCUAAAGCUAAACCAAAUUAUAAGUUGAUUAAUAAUACAUAUUCAAUUGUAACAUCAGUGGUUCAGUGGUUUAUUUGAAAUAACAUCUCACAAUCAGACAGACAAUUAGCUCAAUUCCGUACAAUGGCAAGAACACACGGGAAAUUUAUAGAUAAACUCUAUUUUCUUAAAUAUCACAGUUCUAUUGUUGUGUGUGCAUGGGAAUCAAAACAUAAUUUCAAAGUUGAGAAUUCAUUUGGUGAAUAUGUAUUUGAACAGAAGUGGCAUUGUGUAAAAUGGUCUCAUCUUUUUUUAUAUGCAUACCAGUCAUAAAGUUCAUAAAUUCCAUUUUAUGUUCACAAAAAAUUAAAAUAAAAUUAAAACCAACAAAAAACAAAAAACCAAAAAAAAAAAACAAAAUACAAGUGUAAUAUGAAUCAAAUUUGAUACGUCAAAUUUUGAUAAUGCGUAAAACUAAAGGUAAUGCUUAACGAUAAAAGCUACUCUGAAUGUUUUGUGGUUAAUAUGAACGCAUCACUAGAAGCAACCAUUAAAGUUAUGUUAAUUUCUGAAUCUUUAUACAUACAUAUUUAUAUGUUUAUAUGUAAAUUUAAAUCUACUGUAUACAUACAUGCAAUACAUUCUUACUUAUGUUUAUAUGUAUAUGCCACAAAAUCACACAUGAAUACGUACAAUAUUGUACUUUUAUUAUGAUUUUUUAUGUACAAUUUAUACCUAAAUCAAAAGUAAUAAAUAAAAUUAAUGUCUGUAAUUAGCUGAAUUCAUCAACAAAGAAAGUAACCCAAUAACCAAAUGCUUAUGGUAUUAUCAAUAAACAAAUAGAUAACGAAACGAAAAUACAUGUUCAUGUUAAAAUUACAUUAAAAACUCAAAAUUACAUUUUGCUUACAUAUGUACUACUUAUGUUGAAUUCGUUAAAUCGGAAUUUUCAAACAAUC